CGCAUCCGCCGCGAGCGCUAGGUACUCGGUGAAAGGCGAAGAGUUAGGUUUCUGCGAGCGAGAGCGAGUGAUGCCGGCGGGGAGCGGAGAUGAGGUGCCGGCGGAGGGGAGCGUCGGCGGCAGGAUGUUCACCCUUGAGAGCAAUGACGACGAGCUGAUCAAGGUGAGGGACGCGUCGGCGAGGCUGUCCGACACCCUCGGGGAACUGAUCGAGGUCGCCAGCGCCGUCGACAUCAUCCCGCUCCCCGAGGUCGACUCCAAGACGCUCAAGACGCUGAUCGAGUACUGCGACAGGCACGCCGACGACAAGUCCGACACCGACGAGGAGAAAAAGGAACUCAGGAAGUGGGACGAGGCCUUCGUCGGCGAGCUGGACAAGGACCGGGACGCCCUCCUCGACGUCGUCAUGGCCUCCAGCUACUUGAACAUCAGCGGGCUCCUCGACAUCACUUGCCAGAAGGUCGCCGGCACGCUCAAGGGCAAGACACCCGAGGAGAUGCCCGCGGCCUUCAACAUCGAGAACGACUUCACCGAGGAGGACUUGGAGGAGAUCCGCCAGGAGAACGAGAGGGCCUUCCAGUAGUACUCACUUCUCUCUCAACCCCUAGAUCAUAGUGUCCUCGUCUUGUAAUAAUGGUGGUUCUCUCGUAGUUGCGUGGUGUGUUCGCUGCUGGAUUCAGAUCGAAUCGGCUUGCCUUCAGUUCGUGCAUCCUCUCCAAGGAGAACAGAUUCGUCUGUCUCGUUGAAUGUUUUGAACUGCUGGAUCGCUUGCAUGGAGUGAAUAUUUUG